AUGGACACUGUUAGCCCUCUGGUCGCUCUCGCUCCUCUACCUGCUGCACAUCACCGUCGUCCGCCUCGACGUCCUGAGGAUCCGCUCCCACCUGAGAUCACCUUCAAGCCACCGCAUCGCCGCGCAGUCCCUCCUCGCCGCCGCACGCGUCAGGGCACUCGCCAACGUCAAGUUAGGCAUGGGAAUGGUGAAAAUGGUCUUGAGAACUUGGCUGAGGCUUUGAAAAAGCUGAUUGGUGAUGCUAUUGAAAGUGCUACGAGUAGUCUUUCAAAAAGGGAAAAUGAACUUAAAUGUCCUGAUAAACGUUAUGAUGAAUCCCUUUGUAAGUCUCUUGAUGACAAGAUCGUUGAGGCUAGAACUGCCUUAAAUUCUGAUCAAUCUAGAACGGCUCAAAAUCUUGUUAAAAAGUCUUUAACUGAUCUUGCAUCCGACCUAGAAAAACAUAAAUCCAACAAGCAAAAACAUUAUAACGAAGUUCAUUAUCUUUCUGAGGAUGCUAGGGAGAAAGCUUUGAAGGAUGUAACUGAGCGGCAGGCGUCUCUUAAUACGCUUAAAGAAAGCCUUAACAAAUUCACUGAUCAAAAUAAUUGCAAUCAACUUUUAACAAAUCUCACUGAAGGCUUAGAAAAGUUCCUCGGUUAUAACUCUGAUUCCAAAGGCUACUCGGGCGAAGGCAUCGUGUACUCCGACCUUGACAGGCUGUGCGACGGGGUGAUGUCUUUCCUUCAUGGUGUUCUUGAGAGUGUGAAAGAUGAUGAUAACGUUACAACUUAUGAUGUUACGCCGGAUAAAAAGAUUUCUACACUUCCCGAAAAAUUAGGUAAGUUUAUGCACAAAGGUUCUAAUGUUUUUCAGGAAGCCAUCACACAAGUCUCCGCGGCGCUGCGGGCGUGGAGCGGUGAGCUCGAAGAGCGAACCAAAGACGUAAAAGCACAAUUUAAUUUUCUUAAAGAUCACUAUAUUACUAAUUUUAGUAGCGCACUUAAUAAACUUAGCCCACAUAGUAUUGGUGAGCCCAGCGAUGUGGCAGGCAGGCUGGGUGAGUGCAUCCACCAUGCCCAAAUGUUGCUAGCCGGUUUCUCAGAUGCCAAAAAUGCGUGUUCGAAACUAGAUGGUGGGCUUCAAAAACGGCUCCAGAAAUCGGUAGGCAACGUCGAAGUGGCGGUGGAAAAGUUCGUUGCAGGUGCGACGAAUGAGGAACUCAAGGCCGUCGUAGAGACGGCUUGUAGAGAAAUUAACCAAUUGGAGAUGCAACUGCAAGCUGAAGUUAGCAUGCGAAUUACGAACUACCAAGUAACUCUGAAUAAUAUAUUUAGCAGAGAUAUUCAAAAUCCCAUUACUACGGUGAAGGCUGAUUUAUUGCAAGUUCACACGGAUUUGCAGGCGUGGAUUCAGGCGGCAAAUGGUGUCUUGCAGGAGGCUCAAGCCAAGGUGCUAGAGAUUAUAAGUGCUGUUAGGCAAGAUCAAGGAAUGCCGCAAAUAAUUAGUACGGCGGCAGCAGAUUUCGUGAGAGAUGCUCUGGCACUGCGCAGAGUUAUAGACGAUGCUAAAACAACAUUGCAGAAGCAGGUGGAGGAGGCGCAGAAGGCUGUAUACACAAUGAACGAAGCGCUCCGUACAGAUUUAGCCACGGUGAAGCAGGCCAUUAAACAGGGGAUCAGCAAAUAUGUUACCGAGCAGGUUGAGGAAGCUAGGCAUAGAGUUGAAGAUUUAGAACACGUCUACAAGCAGGAGUUAGGGAGGGUUAAGAAGGCGGUGGAUGACGCUGUUGGAGUUGAUGAUAAGAGUGGCGUUUUGGGGAGUCUCAGUAAGCUUGACACGCCUGUAAAGGAAGGUUUGAAGGCAGUAAGGGAGAGCAUUAAGAUUAAGCUGGAUAGCUUUGUCAAGACUCAGAUUCUUGCUCCUAUUCAGGAGAGCGUUGGACGAAUUAAGGGUCCCGGUACGGGAGGGGAAACAGGACUCGAGGCAAUUGAGACUGCAGUGAGAGAGUAUAUUGCAAAGUUUGACAAGUUAACGUUUGGGGCCACGGUGGAGGGUUGGGCGAUGGAUAUUAUGAAGGACAAAACAGUGGACAACCAUCUAACGUAUUAUUUUAACGGUAACAAACACAAAGACGAGUUUAAAAGUUUGCAGGCAAAGAAGCCUGCUGACGUGAAAGAUGCGGUGAAAACCGAAAUUGGAAAAAUUCUUCAAACAGUCACAUCUACUCCUCAAUUCUCUAAAGGCUCUAUUCAAACAUCGUUGGAAGGCAUCAAAAAGUUUCUCGACGAUUUAGCUGGGCACGUUGAUGCAGUUAAACAAACAGAUUUCUCCAUCAUCGGCAGAUCAAUUGAGGAGAAAUUAGGAAUUACUAAGCCCACAUAUUCAUAUGACAGAAAUCUCCAAUCUGCAAUUUCAACUGUUCUUGCAGCUGUAUCCUCUACCGCAAAAAAAAGUGGUGAGGAAAUAGAUAAUCUUAUUAAGCAGUGUAAGCUUACUAACAUCAACACAGCAUUAAAUGAAGCUAGUGCACUUCACAUGAAGCUUGAGCAGGCUACGCCUGUUGGAAAUUCUGUCCCGGAAAGUUACGCAAAGAAAGCUGAUAAAGAAAUUGAAGGAAUACUAACGGCCGAAAUCGGUAAGGAUGUGACUGAUGACACAAAUCCUAUAAAAUUUACAGACAGUGGUCUAAUGAAAGAAUAUAGGAAGUGGACAAAGAGUGACGGUCAUCAAAAAGGUACGCUAAGGCAGGAGAUUAGUAAGAUUACAGAAGUGUUUGGAGAGGCGACAAAGAGGAGUGGCAAUAAGUAUACCGUUGUCGCGGGACAUAUCAACGGCUAUGACAAGGCCGAACAAGGCAUCAACAAUCAACUGAAUGCCCUUAUAAGCGAAAAUCUUACCAAGGAACUGGAGACACAGUUGCCGAUAGAACCUUUCUCCAGCAAGCAAGUUACGCUCGACAAACUUGUGACCUACAACGGAGGCACUGAUAGCGCACGGAAAAAACAUACUGGCGCUAAAAAGCAGCUUCAAACAGCAAUCAACAAAAUUGGAGAAGCAGUGAAAAAGAACCUCACAUCAGCGAUAGAUGUUAAAACGAGGCUAGAAAUUUCCAACUCUACCCUCACUGGUUAUUUCCAGCAAAUCUACGAAAACCUUAAUGGCCUUUGCGAAGCAGUCGACAAGCUCAUCGGUAACGAACCAAAGUACAGAGAUGGGCUCCAGCAGAAGUUAGUAGAUCUCGAUUCCCUUAUUAAAUUAAAGGGCCCAAAUGGUGCUAGCCCUGACCAAAAUAAGCAUCUUCAGGGCAUCCUAACACGUAUCAACACAAUCCUUGGGACUGACGCUAGUGACGACACGCCUAAUACCUUGGCCACCAUUUUCACUAAGGCAGCGCAAUUCAAAACUGAAGUCAUCGACAAGGAAGCAAACGAUGCCAUCAAAAACAUUCAAUCUUUUAUCGUCUCCCAAAUCAAAACGAAAACAGAAAACAUUCAGGAGGCAGCCAAAAACCAAUACCAAAGUAAAAUAAAGUCAAAUUUCGAUGACAUGAAAAAGAAAGUUACCGAAGAUAUUAAGAUAAUUAAAUGUGUAAUUGAUGAUGAUUUAAAAUCCGGGGUGAAGGGUUUAAUACGUAAAGUUAUGGACAGGGAAAAUAUGCGUGAUAAAAGUGAGCACAACAAAUUGAGUCAAUUGACAAAGCAUCAAGGAGUGCAUCCUAAAGAUAGAGUUAGAGCACUAGCAGGAAGUUUAAGGGAUUAUUUGCGUGAUAUUACGCAUUAUAUAAAAGAGGAAGUAAAAAUUCCGUUAGCCUCCACAAAGCCUUCUGUGGGUGUGCCUUUGUUUAAACAAGACAACGAAGAGUCGGGGAAAGUUUCCGACGUACAAGAGAACCUGCGCAAAUUUUUUGUUCACCUUGAAGAUAAUAUAACUAGGACUUACGCCUUGGAUAACAAGUUUGUCAACUUGUGUGAAUCGUUAGGUAGUUCAGUCAGUGCCCUAUCUGCUCCAAGGUACUCUGGGUAUCAUCAUCCUCUGUUACUUGACUCACUUAAAACCGGAUUGUCACAAUUCUGCGCGGAAUUACAAACUGCCUAUGUCAACAAGUAUUGUGAUCAAGAAUAUGUUAACGCCGACGGGCCUAAAUACGCCAAGCUUUUCAUGAGCAUAUUGCGAGGCGUCAUCGUCGGCUUGGAGAAAGUGGAAGCGAAGUGCAAAGAGAACGGUGAAUGGACCGAAAAGAAAAUAUGUGAGAAGGAAGGGAAAGAGAAAAAUCCCCUCGGCGUAUUCUUCGAGAACUGCGGUUUCAAAGUUCCACUGAACGACGGUUCAAAACAGGGCGGUGAGCUGAAGUGGAAACAUGAGUGGAAGGGCAAAAAUGUUUUCGGUCUUCUCAAAGACAACAAUACAGGGCUGUUUAAAUUUGUCAAGGACGCAUAUGAAUCCGACGUCCUUGAUAGACUCCAUGCUCUCCUCCACAAUUACUACAGUGCCUGCCACCUCAACCACAUUCCCACCCCGGCAACGCCGACGAGCGUAUACAAGAUGCUUAUUUGGCUCAGUGGUUUCUGGUACAAUCCGAUGUACGAAAAGGUUACCAUGUAUGUUAGACAAUUAUUCGACAAGCCGAAAGAGGAGUCAAAAUUGCAAGAUCCCUCCAACUACAAACUUGACGCCACUAGGCCAUUCAGUGCCACGACCAUUACAGAGACACUUAGCGAUGUAUGUGACCACGCGGAAAAAACGCUGGUUGCUAUACUAGGCUUCGGCCACGCGGAAGGUGAAUAUGCCGUUGAGUUCACCGACAACUCACAUAAAUUAUUUUAUCCCUCCAACGCCGGUUCCUGUUUCGACAUGUUGGUAAAUACAUUGAAUAGAGUUAGUUAUCAACUAUCUCUUUUAUAUUAUCAAUGUUGCGACACCACCGAUGUCGGCGGCUGGCGUGACUGCUGGUAUGGUCGGGGCAUCGGUGGGUCGGCUUGGAACUGCAACACAAUGCAAUGUCCCAACCAGGUCUCUGACCAAAGUGCUACCCAAAAUGCCAACCAAAGUGCUACCCAAAAUGCCAACCAAAGUGCUACCCAAAAGCACAACCAAACAUGUACCCAAAAGUGCAACCAAAGUGUUAACUGUGGCCUUAAGUCACCACUUCAGUCCUUCUUAGAGGACGGUCUUCCAGGGUUCCUCCCACACUCAUUCAAAUCGCCAGGGUGUAAGCUGGAAUGUACUCUAUCCAACCACAGAGGUAUACCAUGCAUCACUCCAAUGGGUUUUACGGACCUUAGUGUUGCGGCAUCUCAUAUACAGAGAGGCGCAGAUCUCAAGAAGGUGCUUCAUGAUUUCUGCGGAAGCCAUGACUCUCCUCUCAGCAAAUUGUGCGGUCAGCUUAAUUGUCUUCUUGGCACUGCGCCUAAAACGCUUGGCGAUAUGUAUGCAUUCUACUAUAACUUCCUAAAUGGGUGGAAAGUCAGCGACGCUCAUAGGAAGGAUGCCUUUGAUGCGGCUGUCAAAAAGGCAUAUUUCGGUCAGAUGUAUGAUCAAUUGGACAUUUCUACAAUGUUCAAUAGCAGUGUUCACUCAAAAGAGAAUCACGAUAAAGGUGACCUCUUUAGUCUCUCUUGCAGAGAUACAUCAAGCGUCAAGUGCGGCCGGUAUAUUCAACCUCUUAACCAUAGCACAUGGUUUAUCUUCUCUAGCAGAAAUGCCGGCAAAUAUCUCACGUGGGUUCUCUACUUGACAGAAACAUUCUAUAAUUACCUUGAGCAACUAUGGAAAGAAUGUUGCGAUAAUUGCAACAAGAAAGGGGCCAGGUGCCAUGACAGAAGCUGCGUGGAGAAGUGUCAAGUUAAGUCCGCUUAUGUAGCUCAAAAAUCUGAUACUGCGGACGCAGACAGCAAGAAACUCGAUAACAAAAAUCACAGCAAUGAAUGCAAGUCCAUAGUAAAUUGCCCCUUAACACGUCCCACUUUGUGCAAAUAUGGAUUCGUAUUUAAAAGUCCAUGGAGCCUCAUUGGCGAUAAGGGAACUGGCAAAAAGCGUUCAUGUAAGGAUUUCUGCGAAGCACUGCAGAGAGUGUUAAGCAAAGAGAAGAAUACGAAUGAUGUGCUCAGCAAACUGAUAUUUGAGACAAUUUCAGAAUUCCUAUGGAAGAUACGUCUCCCAUUCUCCAUCACUUUGUUAGCCCUCUGGUCGCUGUCGCUCCUGUACCUGCUGCACAUCACCGUCGUCCGCCUCGACGUCCUGAGGAUACGCUCACACCUGAGAUCACCCUCAAGCCACCGCAUCGCCGCGCAGUCGCUACUCGCCGCCGCACGCGUCAAGGCACUCGCCAACGUCAAGUACUUCUCACCAUAA